CCAGGUCCUGCUGUCUAAGGGGAACCCAAAUGAAGUUACAAUAAAAGGCAAGCAGGUGCAGUGAUGGUGCAUGGACAGUUUUACCAGGCAUUUGAGCAAGAUAAUGCCUUUCUCAAGGUCAAUAUUGGGGGUCUUAAGAAAAAAGUGUCUCAGAGCAUCCUCCUGGAGUACCCUCACAGCAGACUUGGAAAGCUCCUCUGCUGUAAGACCCUGGAAGCCAGGAUAGAGCUGUGUGACGAUUACGACUUUGAAAACGAUGAAUUUUAUUUUGACAGAAGCCCAGUUAUGUUCAGAUACAUUCUGAAUUUCUACUCCACCGGCAAGCUGCAUGCAAUAGAAGGUGUUUGUGCCAGGAGCUUUGCCUUGGAGACAGAAUACUGGGGCAUCAGCGACGCUGCUAUCCACAGCUGCUGCAGCUACAACUUCCACAUGAGCCAGGCCAACGCUGAAGACAGAGAUGGAGAUAGUGACGAUCUCAGCAUGGUGGGACAAGAGGAAGUAUCCCCCAUACACAACCAAGAGGAGUUUACCAACCUACUGUAUGGGAGUUAUCGGAGACAACUCUGGCUUCUACUGGAGAACCCAGCCUACUCCUUGGCUUCCAAAGUGAUUACAGCCUUCUCUUUGACAGCCAUUCUGGUCUCCAUCAUCAUCAUGGGGGUCAACAGCUUGCCCGAGUUCCGCAACGAGGAAGACGCAGGUCUCAGAAGCGUUGAGACCACCUGCAUUAUCUUUUUUACUUUGGAAUUCUUGGCCAGAAUGAUGGUGACCCCGAGUCAGAAGAGAUUCUUUCUGAACCCGCUCAACAUCAUCGACCUGAUUUCGUUCACUCCCUUCUACAUGACCCUGGUGGUGGAAAGCAUUGAGGAGAACAACACGAGCUUGAAGAACAUAGGAAAGGUGGUCCAGGUUCUCAGGCUGCUGCGCAUUUUCAGAAUUCUCAAACUGGCCCGCCAUUCUCAUGGCCUGAAAGCCUUGGGCACUACCUUCAGGCAUAGUUAUCAGGAAAUCGGGGACCUGGUGGUCUUCAUGGCCGUCGGAAUCGCCAUCUUCGGAGCUCUGAUCUACUCGACUGAAAAGGAAGAGCAGGAGGCUGGUCUGUCAAGCAUUCCAAUGGGCUGGUGGUGGGCCACUGUCAGUAUGACAACCGUCGGCUUUGGAGACACCUACCCAGUGACCAUCGUCGGCAAGCUGGUCGGUGGACUUUGCAUUAUCUUCGGGCUUCUGAUGGUCACCUUGCCCGUCACAAUAAUAUUCAACCGCUUCUCCAAAUGUUAUCGCAGGGAACAGGCUAUUGACGCUACUCUGUGGAGCCAGGAACUGAAGAAAACGUCUACUGUGAACAUUAGAGAUGUGUACGCGAAGAGACUGCAUUCUUUUAUGAGGAUCAAAGCUUCUGCAUUAAAAGAAACUAGCAGUCCAAAUAACUAAGGUGGAAUAAGGCUGUUCAUGUUGUAAGUGUGGGAUCUAUUAUGAACGAUCAUUGGAAUUCAUCAGAUAAUGACGAAGAUAUCUGUGCAAGUAUGUCUAGUGUUGCAUGUUAGCAGCUUAAAUGGCAGGCAUAGACCUGAAUCCUUCUUGCGUCAAUGUAUCACCCUCAACUCCGGGCAGUUUUAAGGGUACCUAGUGUCAGCAUACUGUAGUACUGUGUAUUGCAUAACGUACCAAAAGGUCCUCUGCAGCGAAUGUGACUACAAAAGCCUCCUGCAUUAUAAGAUGCAAUGAUGAUCUUAAUAGCGUACCUAAUUCCAAAUAUGCAGCAGGUGUAAUGUAGAAUAUACAUUUUAUUUAGUCAUUUUUCCUAUUGGACUCCCACCAAUUAUUUGCCAUACUGUCUUGAGACCUGUGUACUUGGUUACAGUACUGCAUUACUUUUUACAGUACUUUUUUGUUCAGUGGGCACAGAGAGAUUGUACUACCAUUUCAUUCUACAAACUCCAUUGGUUCUUUUUGACUGCAUUGUCCUGUACGUUUGAAUGAACAAAUUAAGUACUGAUUGUACAUGCAAGUUACAGAAAGAAAUGAUAAAAGCAUUGUCUUUCAUUCCCACCAAAAAUCAAUUAUGCAUUAGCACAGAGCCUCUUAACCCCUAUGGUAUAUUUAGAAUAAGCUAGUUUUGCGAUUGGAUAUUUGAUACUUUAUGUCCUUUUACAACAAUAAAACAGACAUUUGAUUCCAAACAGAGAUGGCUUGGGCAGUUGUUAAAAACAUAUUGAUUUCAUGAUCGCCUUUUAUGGAGCAUUAAAAUGUCUUUUCUGUCUA